AUGGGUGACGGAGAUCUUAUUAGUGCAUCUCCUAUCAUAGGAUCGCUCACGCGGACAGUAGAGUAUCUACAACUAACAAUCGAACUGGAUGAGAAGCCUAAACCAGCUUUUCUUCAGCCCAUAACGCUCCUGCAAGACUCUCAGACGUGGGCUGAGACUGAGGAGAGACGACGGGUCUUCUGGAACGUCUUCAUUCUCGACCGGCUAUGUUCUGUCACAGCAGGAUGGAGUACAAGCCUUACUUCCGAUGACGUCCGCCGCCGUCUCCCAUGCGACGGUAAAAUAUGGGCCAGGGGUGAUAAAGCAGUAACACCCUAUUUCGGAAUCUGGGACAAAUCGGCCGCCAAAAUCGGCAACCCCAUUUCACCACGCAACAUUUCCACAGUACGAACACCUUCGUCACCCGCGUCUUUCUGGAAUGAUACCUCUCCAGCAUCAGAGUCUUUGCAAGUCGGGGCCUUGGCAUAUCGCAUUGAGGCUACUGAAUCGUUAUGUCAGGUUACUUCUUUCUUUUUGCAGCAGCCAGUUGAUUUCACGAAUCGACAAGAGGUAGGAAGUUGGUUGACUCGGUUUAAGGAGCUUGAUCUGAGACUGGUUCACUGGAAAAAUUUCCUCCCUAGCAAAUGGAAAGACUCUAACAUCUCCCAUGACAAGGCUGUCGUCAAAAUGGACCCAAACCUGACCCUGGCACAUGUCACACAUAACACGUCCAUGAUAUUGUUGCACCAGCACAUAGCCUAUCCGCCGGCUCAACUGAGUAAUAUUGUGCGGUUGCCUAGCGUAUGCAGUGCAGAGACAUGCCAGCUCGCAGCAAUUGAGACCUCGUCGAUCUCGCAAAAGUUCCUGACCUACAGCGAAUCGAAUAUUGUUGUUGCACAGUUCCCAUUUUGUGCAUUUGUUGCGGCGAGAGUCUUAUUAGUUCAUUGGAAGUUUUACGGAGCACCGCUGGCCGCUGAAUACUUCACUCUAUUACAAAGCCUAAGAGAUAUGUCACAACGUUGGCAGGGAUAUUUAUAUCCUCGCAGCGUAACAGUUUUAGCGGAUAGCAACGAGCAGAAGCAACACCUGGAUUUAGCUGGUCGAUACGUUGCUUUACUUGAAGGAUUGCACUCAAAGUGUCUAAAUGAGCAAAUUAUAUCGACAGAAAAGCUGUUCCACUAUGAUGUUAUUACUGGUUUGGACAUUUUACGAACUCAUGCAGAUAAAUCCCCUCGAUCAGUAACAGCUGCUAGAAACGGGACUGGGAAUCAAGAACUCUCCAUGGCUGUCGACAAGUUCACGGCACAAACUCACAACUCUCAGUCAUUUUGGGAUUCAUUUUCAAAUAACAUUUCUGUGUCUGGGAAUAAAUUAGGAACACUUCCGCGUCACAACACAACAUUUGGCAGCGUUUAUGCUGGUAAUAUCAACGGAUCUGGAGUAUCUGAGUCCUACGGCGGUACAAAUCUAAACACGCAUGCGCAACCCCCAGCGUUUGGUUUCGAUGGAACGACAAGCGACGAUGAGCUAACUUUAAUGUCCAAUGUUUUGCUGGAUCGUCAGUUCUCGCAGAUGGAUAGAGUGAUUACGCUGGAUGGGACGGACUUUACAUGGGACAUGGAUGAUUUGGCAGUCAACUGGCAGAAUCCUGCAUAA